AUGCAAAUUGAGCCGGAGCACCCCAAGCCCCCGCGGGAGGGCAACUCGGCCAAGCUGGGCCGGUCGUUCCAGGGUCAGGUCAUGGGCAGCAUCGGCGCGCGUCUGCGUCGAGAGCGCGAGCAGCGCGCGCAGUACGAGCAGUGGCGCAAUACCACGGAUCCCGCGAGAAAUUGGAUGAUUACCUUUUUCUUUCUCUCGAGCGUUGGCGUCGCGUACUGGCUGGGCACGUACUGGCCACGCGAGCCUGAGCCCUCUUCGACACUUCCACUGCCCAAGUCCAAGGUCCCCUUGCACAAUACCAAACUCGAGAACAUGCAGGCGGCGUGGGCCGACUUUGUGCGCGUCCUGGGAAAGGACCACGUUAGCACGCUCGAGGCCGACCUAGAGCAGCACGCGACGUCCGACUGGUCCUCACACCGGGCCAAGUCGGACGAGCGGCCGUUUUGCGUCGUGUAUCCGAGCUCGACGGAGGAGGUGGCCGAGAUUAUGAAGAUUUGCCACCUGCGCCGCAUCCCCGUCGUGGGGUACAGCGGCGGCACGAGCAUCGAGGGCCACUUUACACCGACACGCAAGGGCGUAUCGAUUGACUUUGGCCGCAUGGACAAGAUUGUGCGACUGCACAAGGAGGACCUCGACGUGGUGGUGCAGCCGGCGGUCGGGUGGGAGCGGCUCAACGAGGCGCUGGCCCAGGACGGCUUGUUCUUCCCGCCGGACCCGGGCCCCGGAGCCAUGAUUGGCGGCAUGAUUGGCACUGGGUGCAGCGGCACAAACGCCUACCGCUACGGCACCAUGCGCGAGUGGGUGCUGAGUUUGACGGUGGUGCUGGCGGACGGGACCGUCAUCAAGACGCGGCAGCGCCCGCGCAAGAGCUCCGCCGGCUACGACCUCACCAAGCUCUUCAUCGGCUCCGAGGGGACCCUGGGGCUCGUGACCGAGGCGACGCUCAAGGUCACGGUCAAGCCCGAGUCGACGAGCGUGGCCGUCGGCACGUUCCCCACCAUUGGCCACGCGGCGCGCUGCGUCGCGCAGGUCGUGGGCCGGGGCGUGCCCAUUGCCGCCAUUGAGAUUCUCGACGACAACCAGAUGCGCUUCAUCAACGAGGCGGGCACGACGUCGCGCGCGUGGCCCGAGGCGCCGACGCUCUUCUUCAAGUUUGCCGGCACGCCGGCGGGCGUCAAGGAGCAGGUGGCGACGGUGCAGGCGUUGGCCAGGCAGGCCGGCUCCCAGACGUUUGAGUUUGCGCGCAGCCAGCAGGAGCAGGACGAGCUGUGGAGCGCGCGCAAAGAGGCGCUCUGGAGCGCCAUGGCGGUCAUGAAUCCCGGGGACCGCGUCUGGACGGGGGAUGUGGCGGUGCCGAUGAGCAGGCUGCCGGAGCUGAUUGACGAGACAAAGGAGGAUAUGCGCAAGAGUGGUCUUCGGGGCUCGAUUGUCGGCCACGGCGAACACGGUGUUGGCCUGGUCAAGCGGGAUUACCUGGAGCAUGAGCUCGGCGUGACGACGGUGGACACGAUGCGGCAGAUUAAAAAGGCGCUUGAUCCGCUGUGUUUGCUCAACACGGACAAGGUCAUUCGCAUGCAAAAAGCGGGCAAGGGCGAUGAGGUCCAGGAGUGGUGA